AUGGUCAGCAACAACACUCAGGGUAUCUUUGUGCUGGGUUUGCCCUUCGCCCUGGUGCAGUCAGGUUAUGUGGGUCUGGUCCUGUUGGUUCUUUCAGCGUGGGUCUGUAACCACACAGGAAGGACCCUGGUGUCCUGUUUAUAUGAAGAAGAAAUGAGUGGUGGGUCUGGGUCAGUUUCAAAGGUCCGGGUCCGAACCAGCUAUCAGGACAUUAUGGAGGCCUGCUGCAAAGGACUGUGGCCGAAUUGGUCUGGAGUUGGAGGUCUGAUGGUAAAUGUAGCUCAGGUCAUUGAACUUCUGAUGACCUGUACCCUCUAUCUACUUGUCUCUACAAGCCUGUUGUUUGACAGUUUGUCCUGGGUGGCUGUUCCUCGAUCAGUGUGUUCACUCGUGUCUCUGGUGUUUCUUCUGCCCUGCCUGCUUCUGACUGAUCUCAGACCAGUUUCCACUCUCAGCCUCCUCUGUUCCCUGGCUCACAUACUUAUCAGCCUAUUGGUCAUGCUGUACUGUUUGAGUUGCGCCAGCAGCUGGUCUUGGUCCUCUCUGUCUCUCUCUGUGGAUCCAGAAGACUUCCUCGUUUCUGUCGGUGUUAUCAUCUUCUCCUAUACCUCGCAGAUCUUCCUCCCUCCUCUAGAGGGUAGUAUGGAAGACAGGGGGCAGUUUAAUGUCAUGCUGGGGUGGACCCAUGGAGCAGCUUGCAUCAUGAAGACUAUGUUUUCGUUACUGGCGGUGUUAACCUGGGGACCAGAAACCAGUGAGGUCAUCACAGACAAUCUACCCUCUGACCUACGACCUCUAGUCAAUUUGUGCCUGCUGGCUAAAGCCCAACUGUCCUACCCUCUGCCAUUCUAUGCUGCUGCUGAAAUACUGCAAACAUGUGUGCUCAGAGAUGCUGCCAUGUCGUCUUACUCCAAACACAGAGGUCAAGCUGUAUCUCGUCCUGCACUUGUGGUCCGUGGCGCCUUGUUGAUGACAUCAUACUUGCUGGCUUUGCUGGUGCCCAGGUUCUCCCUGUUGAUGGGUCUGACAGGGAGCGUGACCGGGGCGGCAAUGACACUCAUACUGCCGUGUUUAUUUCACCUUAGACUGCAGUGGAGCCGCCUUACUGUGAAGGACCGACUGAUAGAUGUGGGUAUUCUGAGUCUGGGGGUCAUCUGUAGUGUGUCUGGUGUGAUUUGUUCAGUGAAAAGGCUACUGGAAGGCCUAUAGGAGGUGAAGAUGGAUAAAGGCAAAAAUUUGCUAAUAGCUUAAGUCAGUCACGUUAAAGAACAGCUGCGAGUUCUUCUUUGUAUUUAUUCCUGGAUUAAAAUUAUGUAUGAGC